CACCUGCCGCUGCAGGCUGGACCCACACGCGCUCGUCCUCCCUCGGGAUCUCCCGCCUCCGGCGAUCCGGCGAGCGAGAUGCCCGCGCAGCCGCCACCGCCCGCCGCCGUUCCCCGCCGCCGGUGGCAGAACUGCUUCAGCCCUACGCUCGUGCGUGAUCGCUGCUACACGCGCUGCUUCCACUCCGCGGGGCUCCGCCGGGCCGCCGUCCCACUCCAGGACGGCGCCGUCGUGCACCUCUGGCUCCCGCCGGCCGCGACUACUGGGGCCGCCCCCCUGCACCCGGUCCUCCUCCUACACGGAUUCGGAGCGAGCGCCACCUGGCAGUGGGCCCCCUUCCUCCGCCCGCUCCUCGCCGCCGACCUGGCCCCAUACGUCCCGGACCUCAUCUUCUUCGGCGCCUCCUCCUCCCCCGCGGCCGACCGCUCCCCGGCCUACCAGGCCGCCUGCAUCGCCACGGCCAUGUUGGCGCUCCCCUUGGCACCGCAGCGGUACGCCGUCGUCGGCGUUAGCUACGGCGGGUUCGUCGCAUACCACCUCGCCCACGCGUUCCCGGCGGCGGUGGAGCGGCUCGUGCUCGUCGCGGCGGGAGUGUGCCUCGAGGACGCAGACCUGGCAGCGGGGCUCUUCGCUGUCGAGGACAUCGCCGAGGCCGCCAGCCUGCUGCUGCCGCAGCGGCCGGAGGAUCUCAGGAGGCUCGUGGGGCUCACCUUCUGCCGCCCGCCGCGGUUCAUGCCGUCCUGCUUCAUCAGGGUUAUGUGCACUGACAAUGUGAAAGAGAAGACUGAGCUGUUAUAUGCAUUGAUCAAUGGUAGGAAGCUUUCAGAUCUUCCUAAAAUUAGUCAGCAAACCUUGAUAAUCUGGGGAGAGCAAGACCAGGUCUUUCCAUUGGAACUUGGCCUAUGGCUGAAGAGGCAUCUAGGAGAUACUUCAGAACUAGUCAUAGUCAAGAAUGCCGGUCAUGCCAUAAACCGUGAAAAGCCAGCAGAGCUUUGCAGACUUAUAAGGAACUACAUCAUUGAUCCCACAGUAAAAUAUCGGGAAGACCGCAAGGGAUCUUGGAAGAAUGUAAUAAAGAGGUUUGCUGGAUCGAGCCUAAGAAAGGUGGACUCUUCACGACCGCUGCUAUAGAAUGUAAAUAUACUCUAUUCGGUUGGUUGUGGUUGGUGGCUGGUGCUGAUUUAUUGUGAGAGAAAGUACUGCUAGUGGGCUGGUGGCUGGUGUAGAAAAACAUUGUUGGCUGGUUGGCUGAUAUGCCAGCCGAACAGAGUAAGUGCCUUCAGCGGUGCACGAGAUUCAAGUUAAUUUGAUUAUCCGAUUGUUACAUGGGAUCAGAUGAAAUUCUGAUGGAGUGUACAUUUCACCGUUCUGUAUCAUGUACACUAGCUUUGUUUAAGGUUUUGCAUAUGUAUAGGAGUAUAUACAGCUACAUCAUGUAGGCCGAGCUGUACUGCCCUUGUUAGGACAUUUUCUUUUCAUGAGUAUGUACUGAUUCGGCAUCGAUUGGGAUAUGUUAAAAAAUGCUUAGUAAGAAAAUAUUAACAUUGAUCUGAAAGAAAAGUGGCCGAGUGGGCAGCAACUAGACCAUGGAAA